AUGCGUUUUUCAAUCUACAUGGGGAUCAGCCUUCUCUGGGCUGGAUUCUCUUCCGCCGAUGUAUGCGAUAAGGCUGUCAAUAUCACUAGUCAGUCCGACGCAGAUGGUAUAAGCUCCUGCACUACCGUUUCUUAUAUUACAAUCGCCAAUGAUGUAAUGGGUUCAAUCGAGUUCCCCAAGCUUGAGAAAGUCACCGGCAAUUUAUCCACCAGCGCUGCGAACUUGGACUCACUUUCUGCCCCAAAGCUUGGAAGCGUUGGAGGCGCACUCGAGCUUUCGGGAACAGGCUCUCUCAAGAAACUGGACUUGAGUUCCCUGAGCAGUGUCGGUUCUUUCCUAUGGUACAAAAGUGCAGCGGUCCCUUCGUAUUCUUUCAGUGACUCUGGACUCACGACGGCUGGAAGUGUGUGGAUAGUGCAAACUGGAAUAAAGAGUAUCAGUUGGCUCAAAGUGGAGACAAUUGAAAAUCUCUCGCUGGCAUUGAAUCCCGGCUUGGAUACUGCCAACCUUUCUACGUUGAAAAAUUUCACUGGUGAGAUCGUCAUUGAAGGCGAAGAAGCCGAAAUCAGUAUCAGUCUUCCAAAGGCAACAGCAGGUGCUAGUCUCGCGGUGGAGAAUAGUAUUCAGAGUUUUGAGUUGGACGUCAUGCAGAAUCUUACCAAAUUGACAAUGAAUUCUACUUCUCUCACAGAAUUCACGGCUCCAGAGUUGACCGAGAUGAGAAGCAUCGAACUUCACGGCAAUGAUCAUCUUACGAGUUUCAGCAUGCCAAAACUGAAGACAAUCAGCAAUAUCACAUACGACGACUACGAUAUUGCCACCAACUUCUCGUUCCCUGUGCUCAAUACAAUCGAAGAGAACGCAAUUUUCUCAAGUAAUCUUUCCGAUCUUGUGUUCCCCGAAAUCGAGCAUAUUUACGGGACUUUCAAUGCCAGCGGCUUCAACUAUGAAACAAUGUCUUGCCCUGAAUUCAGGGAACGUUAUAUUGCCUCCACUUACAAAAUAUACUGCAAUCUCAUCUCAGUCACUACCCGAGGCGGAGAUUCCGGCUAUUCAAGCACCGAAUCCAUCACAAAUUCAUCCAACGCCCGACCGACCACCUCGACCACUUCCAGUUCUUCCAGUGCUCCAGACUCAAGGGCCGAUUCCGGGGAGUCUGGAAGUACCUCGAGCUCAACAGGCGGUUCUAGUAACUCAGGAGGUUUGUCCUCCGGGGCAAAGGCUGGGAUUGCGAUUGGUGUAAUAGUUGGAGCGCUCGCCAUUGCGGGAGCUGCAUUCUUUUUCGUUCGACGGAGACGAGCAUCGGGGGAUAGCGAAGGAUUCUUACAAAGCUCAGCCGCGGACAGGCCGUCAGAACUGUCUGCGCCUGAGACAGCAGAGGCGCCUAAUACACAGCGCUUUGAGGCGCCGGGGUCACACUCAGAAAUGUCAGCGGAGCUGGAGCAGCCUCGACCAAGGAUGGAGCUUGAAUAA